UAAGGAAGGUAUUUCAGUAGGUUCAUGGCUGUAGCCUUUGUGUAUUUGUGCAGCUUCUUAUUUUUGUAAAGGACAUCUUCUCUUUCAUGUCCAGUCCACGCUGGGCCAGAAGCCAGAUCCGUGAUCAAUGGGUCUUCUAGAUUUCUAAACUGCUCGAUGAAGUAUCAAUUAUCGACCAUCGAGAUUAGCAACGGAAAAAGUCGGAGAGGAUACAACUUCUGAAAUCGAAGUCUCUGACCCAAGAAAUUUCUAAAUCUCAUUUACCAGCUCAGGAGGAAAUUCCCAUUUCUUUGUCUGGUGAAGGUGAGAAGACGAAGAAGCUUCUGGGUUCUAUCUCCCUCCACGCAGAAACCCCCACUUUCUUUGCCAUGUUCAAGAUCAUUCCACAUAUGUGAUCCGAUUGAUUUUCCGUCAGAAUUCCCUUUCGGGAAUUCAUUACCCCUUUGGUUUUCCUCUUCAGGAUUCUCAUCUGGGUGUUCUUGAAAUUUCCAUUUAUGCCUAGUUAUGGAGUGAAUUCAAUGCUAUGAUGAAUAACCAGUCGUUUGCGCAAGGCAGUCCGAAGUCUUUCCAUGCUUACCGAAGAGGGGACUUUGAUUUAGAGUCUGGAACUAUAAGAAAACCCCGAAAGCCAAGAAAUUCGUUACACGAUUCUUUCAAGAUGCUUAACUCCAUCGGGAAUCGCCUUCAAUACUGUUACAAACUGCAUCCUUUUCUUGUUUUCCUCGUUUCUCUCUCAUUUGGGGUGACUGUUUUGAUCAUAUUGUCUCUACAUGCGAGCCGGUUCCGGAUAAUGAAUGUUCAAGGGAAUUUUGAUAUGGAUUCGAGUUUAUAUCCAUUUGCCAAACUUCGAAAUCUUGUAAUGGUUGCUGGGCAUUCGGUCUAUACAAGUAGUAGUUGUGGGAAGGUUGAUCAGGAGGAUUCAUGGUUUCUGGAGUCUUACCAGAAGCAGCCUGGACAAGCUGCUACUUUUUUGGCGCAUAUAGAGGAGGGAGUUGAAACUGCUGCCAAGGAUGAAGGAGCUAUGCUUUUAUUCAGUGGUGGAGAGACUCGGAAAGAUGCUGGUCCUCGCAGUGAGGCUCAGAGUUAUUGGGCUGUUGCUGAAUCUAAAGGCUGGUUUGGGAAGCAAGAUGAUGUUAGAUGGAGGGCACUUACAGAGGAGCAUGCAAGGGACAGCUUUGAGAACCUUCUCUUUAGUGUUUGCCGGUUCCGGGAACUUACUGGUGCAUACCCUUCCAACAUAACUGUUGUAAGUUAUGAUUUCAAGGAGGAAAGAUUUUCACAUCUUCACCGAUCUGCAAUUAGGUUUCCAGAGAAUAGGUUCUUCUAUGCAGGAACCCCGACUUCAUCGACUUCAAAGGAGGCAGCAAUGAAGGGCGAAGCAUUGGUGAGGUCUCAGUUCCAAGAUGACCCAUAUGGUUGUUCAGGUUCUCUUCGCCGCAAGAAACUUGGACGUGAUCCAUUCCACCGGUCAAUUCCUUAUCCUAAUGGGUGUCCUGAGCUGGAAGGAUUGUUCAAAUACUGUGGUCUACCUCCUUAUCCAGGCUUCCUUCCCUGGGUUUGAUAGAUUUGGUGAUAAUGUUCUCUGUUUGUAAGUUGGAGUAGGAGCUCUGAUCCUCUACUUCUGGGCUCUAUGAGGUGAAUUUUCUAAGUUAGAGUUGCAUCUCUGACCAACUGUUUUAAGUAACAGAGGCCUGACCCUUCAAUAGUCACUCUCUGUUGCUCCACUCCCCUACACCCCCUCUUCUUUUCCUCCUUUCAAUGUGUUGAAGGAUUUAGAAGGUGAAGUUUGAUCUUGUGCAAUUUGUUGCUGGAAAAAGGAGCUUCAAAAAGGAUCCAACCUUGUUCCUAUGUAUAAACCAAUAAACUCUACAAGAUCUGUGAAACUCUAGCAUUUUUGCCAGGUUCAAGCUUUGUAUUUUCCUUUGAAAGAGAGUAAUUGCAUAAAGCCUUUGAUUUAGUAGGGAUAA